AUGGGUUCCUGGUGUCUGUCUUGGUUUCUGAUCUUUGGCAUCUUUCUUCUGGUUGCUGGUUUGCCAACUCCAGAAAACUUUGUCAAAGAUAUAGAUGGGGGAACUGAUCAGGACAUAUUUGAUAUCAAUGAAGGGUUAGGACUGGAUCUUUUUGAAGGAGACAUCCAACUUGAGGCACAAUAUAGAAAUUCCAUCAUUGGAGAAAACUAUAGAUGGCCUAAUACCAUUCCAUAUGUUCUGGAAGACAGCUUGGAUUUGAAUGCUAAAGGAGUUAUUCUCAGUGCAUUUGAACGCUAUCGCCUGAAAACAUGCAUUGACUUCAAGCCUUGGGGUGGAGAAGAUAACUAUAUAUCAGUGUUCAAGGGCAGUGGGUGCUGGUCUUCAGUGGGAAAUAGGCAUGUUGGGAGGCAAGAGUUGUCCAUUGGGGCAAACUGUGACAGAAUAGCAACGGUUCAACAUGAGUUCCUCCAUGCAUUGGGGUUCUGGCAUGAGCAGUCACGUUCUGACCGGAAUGACUACGUCAGCAUAGUUUGGGACAGAAUUCUGGAAGGCAGACAGCACAACUUUAACAUCUAUGAUGACAAAGUCUCAGAUUCUCUGAAUGUUCCCUAUGAUUAUACCUCAGUAAUGCACUACAGUAAAACUGCUUUUCAAAAUGGAACAGAGCCAACAAUUGUCACCAAAAUCUCAGACUUUGAGGAUGUGAUCGGCCAACGGAUGGACUUCAGCGACUCUGAUCUGCUCAAGUUGAAUAGACUGUAUAACUGCUCCUCUUCCUUGAGUUUUAUGGACUCAUGCAAUUUUGAACUGGAAAAUAUCUGUGGCAUGAUUCAAAGUUCAGGAGAUAGCGCUGAUUGGCAGCGAGUUUCACAACUUCCUGGGGGGCCGGCAAGUGAUCACUCCAGCAUGGGCCUGUGCAAAGGUUCUGGUUUCUUUAUGCAUUUUGACACUAGCUCUAUAAAUGAGGGAGCAACAGCUAUGCUGGAGAGCAGAACACUGUACCCCAAAAGAGGUUUCCAGUGUUUGGAAUUUUAUUUGUAUAACAGUGGAAGUGUGAAUGACCAACUAAACAUCUACAUCCGGAAAUAUUCUGCAGGCAAACUGGAGGGAAAUUUAACCCUUGUGAAAGAAAUAAAAGAAAUACCCAUUGGGAACUGGCAACUUUAUUAUGUAACAUUACAAGUGACCAACAAGUUUCGAGUGGUGUUUGAAGGAUGUAGAGGUCCUGGAGUAUCAUUCGGGGGUCUCUCUAUUGAUGAUAUCAAUCUCUCAGAAACACGGUGCCCUCAUCAUGUCUGGCAUAUACGAAAUUUCACACAGUUUGUUGACAGCCAAAAUGGAACUGUAUAUAGCCCUCCAUUUUAUUCUACUAAAGGUUAUGCUUUUCAGAUUUAUUUGGAUCUGAGGCCUUUGACUAAUGUAGGGAUUUAUUUCCAUUUGAUCUCUGGAGCCAAUGAUGAUCAACUACAGUGGCCAUGUCCUUGGCAACAAGCCACAAUGACACUCUUGGAUCAAAAUCCUGACAUUCGACAGCGUAUGUCCAACCAGCGGAGUAUAACUACAGACCCAUUUAUGACCACUGAUAAUGGAAACUAUUUUUGGGACAUGCCUUCCAAAGUAGGACAGGUGGCUUUUUUCCCUAAUGGAACUCAAUUUAACAGAACCAGAGGCUACGGAACCAAUGCCUUCAUAAGCCAUGAGAGGCUGAAAAGCAGAGAAUUCAUGAAAGGCAAUGAUGUUUAUAUUCUCCUGAUGGUUGAAGACAUAUCUCACCUCAAUUCUACACCAGUGGAGCCAGUCUAUGACCCUUGCUCAGAAGUCACAUGUGAGAAUGGAGGCAUCUGCACUGUCCAAGGUGACAAAGCUGAGUGCAGGUGUCCUGCAGGAAAAGACUGGUGGUACAUGGGAGAAAGGUGUGAAAAGAAAGGGUCUACCAGAGACACCAUUGUUAUUGCUAGUUCUUCUACUGCUGCUGUGUUUGGUGUGAUGCUCAUGGUCAUGCUUAUCAGUAUCUACUGCAUUAGGAAGAAGUACCAAAACAAGACAACUGCACAUGCAACAACCAUGAAUCUAGAAAAUCAGUAUGCUUUUUGA